AUGAAACAUUUGCAUAACGGCGAAGAUGCGCAUCCGGCGGACAGCGACGGCAGCACAUUAUGGUGGGUUGCGGGGUGCGCGGGUGGAGGGUUCGUUACGUUGGGCGUGUGUUGGCGUCGCAGGCGCAGGGUCCCUCGAGGUCCACCGCCACCACCACGCCCGCCCCCGAGACCCCUUGCUGCGAGGCUGGCAGCCCCCACGGAUACAGUGUGA